GCAGGAAUUUAUGCAAUUGAUGGCGUAACGAGUGUGAUGACUCACACAUAUUGUUUAUUGUUGUGGUCGGCUGUGAGCUUCGAGUUAUUUUAGAACGUGAAUCAGUAAUAGGAAAAAUUCACUGGAAUCGAUAAAAGUUUUUUAUCUAAGUAUAUAUAUAUAUUUAUACUUGAGUACUAAGCUCAUUCCGUGUAGUGCGUUCGAGGUGUUAUUGUCGAUUUGAUACACAAAAUUUGUUGUGGAAGUAAAAAUGGGGUCCGAAUAUAUGAAAACUAUUGCCAAGGGCAACAAUGAUAUGUCUAUGAAAUUGUACGAGGAGGUUGUGAAACAGGUGAAGGGUAACGUGAUUUACUCGCCGAUCAGCGUGCACACGAUCCUGUCCCUCCUCCAUCAGGGUUCCACCGGUAAAAUCGCCAACGAUAUGCAAAGGGUUCUUGGCAUUCCGGAGAAGAGCUUCAGCGCCGCCGGUUUCCAGGAGCUGAUGACUUCCUUGAACGGAGUCCAGAACAUCACGCUGGAAAUGGCCAACAAGGUGUUCGUGAUGGAAGGAUGCAAGCUGAACCCGACCUUCAAGGAGGUUGCAUUGAAAUCCUUCAACGCCGGAGCCGACGAGGUCAACUUUGCGGAAAACCAAAAGGCUGCAUCGACGAUCAACGGAUGGGUCGAGGAGAAGACCAAGGAUAAAAUCAAGAAUCUCAUCGAUCCGAACGCUCUGAACUCGCUGACGCGCAUGGUUCUCGUCAACGCGAUCUACUUCAAAGGUGAUUGGGCGAAGAAGUUCAACAAGAACAACACCACAAAGCAGAAGUUCUACACGAGCACCACGGAUUCCGUCGAAGUCGACAUGAUGCACAUGAAGGAUAAGUUCUUUUAUGGAGAGAAGGCGGAUCUUGACGCUAAAGUCUUGAGUAUUCCGUACCUCAACCAGGACGUCAGUCUGGUAGUUGUGCUUCCCAACGAUGUGGAUGGAAUUGAAGAGUUGGAGAAGAAACUCAUCAACUACGAUAUGUCCAAUUUGACCAAGGACAACUACAAGAUGGAGGUGGAACUUAGUUUACCCAAGUUCAAGAUCGAAACCACCAUCGACCUGAACCAACCCUUGAAGAACAUUGGUUUGGACAAGAUGUUCGCCGUGUCCGAAGAUUUAUCCGGGCUUCUGUCGAAUCCCAACGAGCCUCUUUACGUGAGCAAGGUCAUCCAGAAGGCUUUCAUCGAAGUCAACGAGGAAGGAGCAGAAGCCGCAGCAGCGACCGCUGUUCUAGUUGGAUUCGGUUGCGCACCUACAUUCAGGAACAAGAAAUAUGUAUUCAAAGCGGACCAUCCGUUCAUGUUCUUUCUCAACAUCAAAGACACCGUCAUGUUCAUCGGAAAACUAGAGAUUCUAUAAAAAUCCCACACCCGGACUUAAAACACUCGUCCUAGCUUUAAUACUCGCUUUUAAGUUUUUUUGUUUGUUUGUUUUUGUAUACGAAUGUUAUUAAUAUAUGUUUGGCUUUUUUAAAUUGUG